UUUCGUUCCGCAUUAACUCCGGUUCUAUGAACCAUGGCGGGUGUACCGAAGGUUUUACACAUCUCCGGAUACCAAAGCUGUGGCUUUUACGUGCGGGCUCUGGGCGUGCUACGAUCGCUGGCGCUCCUCUUCCCGACGCGUCUCAAAGUCGUGCCUCACGAAUUUUCCGACCGUGCGAGUUUUCGUUCCUGGCUCCUGGACGACGACGGCGGUUUCCGCAAUACCUUUACGCGUGAUAUCCGGGCCCGCGAACAGGUCACUGCUCCCUUUGUUUGGUUCGCACCGUCCGAUGAUGGACACGACGUGGAAGAUUUCCUGGGCGGUCACGACGAUACCUUGGCCUGGUGUCGCGAGUUUAUGAGUCCCCGCGACGAAAUCAAACCGAACUAUCCCGUCGCGGAUAUGAUGGACGACGGCUACACGAAGGACCACGGAUACGAUUACGAUCUCGUAGUUAUUGGAGGCGGAUCCGGUGGGAUGGCGGCAGCCAAGGAAGCGGCAGUUUUGGGUGCCAAAGUAGCCUGUCUCGAUUUCGUCAAACCCUCCCCCGCCGGUACCACCUGGGGUCUGGGUGGCACGUGCGUCAACGUGGGAUGUAUACCGAAAAAACUGUUUCAUAUCGGUAGUCUACUACACGAGUCGGUCCGCAAGGAUACCCCGUCGUUUGGUAUCCGCCUAGGUGAGCCCAACGGUGCGAGUGCAACGGAUGAAUUGAGUGGCAUCGUCCCCGACCCAUCGACACAGAUGCGCUGGGAAUUAGUGCGAGAAAAUAUUCAAAACUACAUUCGGGGUCUGAAUUUCAAGUAUCGCGUCCGCCUGCGAGAAAAAGAAGUCACCUACUUUAACAAAUUGGCCAAGUUUACGGACAAGCACACCAUUGAAGCGGUGGAUAAGAAAGGCCGCAGUAGUCUCAUCACUGCCGCACGCUUCUUGGUGGCGGUGGGUGGCCGUCCUUCGCCCUUGUCCUGCGAGGGAGCGGAACACGCCAUCUCAUCGGAUGAUGUUUUUGCCAUGGAAAAGUGUCCCGGUAAAACGUUGUGCGUCGGAGCAUCCUACAUUAGUCUCGAAUGUGCCGGAUUUUUGGCGGGCAUGGGAUUGGACGUUACGGUGGCGGUGCGCAGCAUUCUGUUGCGCGGAUUUGACCGAGAGUGCGCGGAUAAGAUUGGUGAUUACAUGGUAGACCACGGAGUUAGGUUCAAACGAGACGUGAUCCCGUCGAAACUGGAAAAAAUCGAGACGGGACAGACCAAGGUACUGUUCUCCGACGGUACGGAAGAGGUCUACGAUACCGUACUCGCUGCCGUGGGGCGUAUGGCAGAUACCGAUAAGCUUGGGCUGGAAAGUGUCGGCGUGGAAACAAACCCAAAGAAUCGUCGCAUCAUUGGAAAAUUUGAACAGACUCAUUGCCCCAACAUUUACGCCAUUGGAGAUGUUUUGGAUAAAACUCCCGAGCUGACGCCCGUUGCUAUCCAAGCGGGUCUCUAUCUUGCCCGUCGUCUUUUUGGUGGCGACAAGGAGGCCAUGGACUAUCAAAAUGUAUGCACGACUGUCUUUACACCGAUCGAAUACGCGUGUGUGGGAUUAUCUGAAGAAGACGCCGUUGCAAAGUACGGCCAGAACAACAUCGAGGUCUACCAUCGUGAAUUUGUUCCGCUUGAGUGGUCUCUGUCAAUGAGCAGAAGUCACAAUGCGGCGUAUACCAAAGUGAUUGUCGACAAAUCACCGCAGGAAAACGUUCUUGGAAUUCAUUACGUUGGUCCGAAUGCGGGCGAAGUGAUGCAAGGAUAUGGUACGUCGAUGAAGCAAGGCUUGACGUUGAAGACUCUUACGGAUACGGUGGGAAUCCACCCAACAUCUUCCGAAGAAAUUGUUACUCUAUCCAUUACAAAGAGCAGUGGCGAAGAUGCUGCUGCUGGCGGCUGCUGAGGAUAAGCCCUUCGCAGAUCGUGCAUGGGACCAGGCUCAACAAGCUGAACACCCCAUACGCGAUCUCGAAGGGCUCUGCCGAAGCAAUUCGGUAGCUAUCUCCAAAAGGAACGGAGUAAAGGAACUUGACAGGAAGCGGAGUGAAGCUUAGUAAAGAUGACGGCGUUUCAUUGAGGCUGUUUUAGGCGUGUGUCUUGUAGACGGCGAAUUGGUGUAGCCAGUCUUCCUCACAAUCAUGAAGUGAUCCAGAAACACGUCGAUCAUUCUCGAGCCAGACAAUGUGAUGCCGCACAUACUCUUGGAAUGCUUGUCGCUCGACAUCGUGCAAUGAAUCCGUAGUGUUGCGGGCCAGGAACGUCCCUGGAAGAAUAAAGGAAG